UGGCCCAACCAGUACAGAUGGUAAAGGUCACUAACCUUGUUUGUAGAUCGUUUUCCGUUAAUUAUUGAAUUUUGUAUUCAAACAAGAUGGGUCGAAGAUGUGCAGUUUCGCAUUGUAAAAGUGGUCAUCGACGUCAUAAACACGAAAAAAUUACUAUUUUUUCGGUGCCCAAAAAUAAUAUUCAAGUGUGGUCGGAAAGGUUAGGUUGUGCUUUGAAUGAAAAAUCCUGUGUUUGUGAAAAACAUUUCAAUCAAAAUGAUAUAAAAUCGGAAAAAAUUAUCGCUGAAGAUGGGAAAAUUAUUUUUCAGCAACGCUUUUCAAAGAAAUCACUUAUCAAAGGAGCAAUGCCAAUUCUGAAUUCUGAUGAGCCUCCGAUGAAAUUAGCCAAAAUUGAUACCAGUGCAGUAAUAGAAGAAUCUCAGGACCUGACAGAAGAAUUACAAAACAUAUCAAAAUUUUCAACUCUCCCUACAAAUUUUACAGUCUUACAGAAUACAAAAUCACAAUCAGAUACCAAUGAAUUUGCCAUUGACACUGAAAAAGAUACGCCAGUAACCAGUGAUAGCAAAUUACAUUUAAUUACAUCGAAUGAAGUUAUUAAAUCAACCAUUAAUCUUUGCAACACAAUUAAUAAAAAUGAUCUAAAUGGUUCUAAAUCUCUCUUUCAACAAAUAUGUGCCAACGAAAUCCAUAUUAACCAACCUGGGGCAAAAUGGAACUUUCACAAAUCAUUGGAACCUCCAAUACUAGUCUUUUCAGAAUUAGAACUUGCAUCAACACCGACGCGUGGGGAGAACAAAGUUCCAGUUUAUACUAAAAAGGUAAUAUUGGAUGAUCAACUUUAUGUAAAAGUAUUCAUAGGCCAAAAGAAUAUUGUCGAAUGUAUAAGUGAUCUCAAAUGUCAAGAGGAUUUGGAAAAUUUAUUAAUAGAAGUAGAUAAGAUGAUAGUAUGUCCUGGUGGCCCGAAAGUAGCUACAUUUAAGAAAAUACAUCCUCAGUGUGCAUAUAAAGAUGAAAAUAACAAAUGGAGACAUAACUAUUGUCCAACUGUUGUAACGAAGGGCAGUGUAUGUCAGUACUGUGUAUCUUUACACAAAAUAUUUGCACAGCAUAUUGAUCGCCAACGUACUUCUAAAAAACGACUUGUCUUAUCACCAACGACAAAAAACAAAGUACAAUUACUUUACAGAAGAGCUCGAGUGCAAGCUCGAAAGCUAACAAGAAAAGAAACAAAAAUCAAGCAAAUAACAGAAUAUAUAGACGAAUUGCAGAAGAAAAUGGAUGAAAUUGAGACUGAAAGUUUGGAGAAAAAAAUUGAAAAACUGAAUCUACCAGAACCACAAGUUGUAUUGAUUAGAGAAUGCAUUUCAACUGCACGAAAAAAAUCUUCUACAAAUAAUAGAUACAGUAACGAAUGGAUGCUAACAUGUUUACUCUUACACAUUCGGAGUACGGCAACGUACAACAUGCUUAGAGAAAAUAAAAUUCUUCCACUACCUUCUAAGUCAACUAUCUGCAGAUACCUUCGUAGUUCUAAUACAGGGUGUGGUUUUGAUGAGAAGUUUUUCACUUUAUUUAAAAUAAAAUUGGGGAAACUUCCAGAAGAUGCUCGACAUGGAAUUUUAACAUUUGAUGAGAUACAACUGAGAGCGAGUCUUGAAGUCAACGUAAAAAAUAUGAAAUUCGAUGGUUUGAUUGAUUUUGGCACGGAAAAUUGUCCUGAUGUUCCGAAUGCUAUGGUACAAGCCGAUCAUGCUUUAGUAUUCAUGUUUUCAUCGGUAAAGCAUGCAUUCCAUCAACCUAUCGGAAUGUUUGCAUGUAAAGGUGCAACAUCUGGAGAUGCAUUGGCCGGAUUGGUAUUAAAAGCGAUCGUUGAAGUUGAAAAAGCUGGUGGAAAAGUUCAUGGUAUAAUCUGUGAUGGGGCGUCAACUAAUAGAAAGCUGUGGACUAAGUUAGGCAUAAGUGGAAAGCUGAAGAUAAAUGAAAAAGAAGGGACAGUUACACCUCCAAAAUACUUUUUUCAAAACCCUGUCGACGAUUCUCGAGUUGUGUAUGCUUUUUCAGAUGCUCCUCAUCUUAUAAAGUGUAUACGGAAUAAUCUUUUUAAUAAAAAAAAAUUUAAGAUAAAUGGACAAGAAGUUGAGUGGAGAUUUUAUCAAAAUUUAUUUAAGGAGGAUAAAAAACUUCCUGCAAAUCUCAGACUUUGUCCCAAGUUAACAGAAAAUCACAUUAACCCUACAAAUACCGCGAAAAUGCGGGUAUCUUUUGCAACUCAAGUACAUUUGAUUUUUCAUUAACCCUUAUGUCAAUACCCGGGUACCCUGGUACCCAC